AGCCAUGUCCCGAAUGUUGAUAAUUCGGUCGCAGAAACCAACAGAGGGACACCGAUUAUCUGGAUGCUAUUGGGUAUCGUCCUCGCAUAUAUGAAACGUGCCGAGGCGCAGCAGCAUGAGAGCCCCGCAUCAUUUAAGGCCGGCUAUAACUACAAGCCCUGGUCAGGCACACCCUGUUUGUCUCUGGUAUACAACGAUCCUUCUUUCGAAGCCAUAGUUUUGUGUCUCACAAAAUGGUCUAUCAGGAAGUCUACCACUUGCACCCAAACGGCUGGGAAUCCAGCCCCCAAGAGGAGCGGUACAAAAUCUCGACGCUUGACUACCUGACCGGCCUGUGCUACACCCACUUCGCGAUCUACUUUCGCUUGAAUGAUGGAAGUAAGCCCAAGGCUGCUGCAGUGCUGAAGGAGGGUCUCGAGCGGGCCCUCGGCCAAGUUGGCCAUCUUUGCAGCACCAUCGAAAAAGACUCUGGAGGGGGUCAUUCCUUUGUUAAGAGGAAGGAGAGCACGGUGCAGUUUGUUAUACAGUGGCUGGACGCUGCGAGCGAUGCGGAUCGAUUCCCCUCGUUGGACGACAUGGAAAGUUCGAGCUUUGCUGGGAUUACGCUGGGUGAUUUCAAAUAUUGGAGCAUCGAGCCUAUGACAUACGGUGAGAAGCCCGAGGCGCACCCGGAUAGUUCACCAGUCACCUCAGCCUUCUUACUAAACUUUGUUCGCGGGGGACUUGUCCUGAUCUCCCACAUGCACCAUUAUGCUAACGAUGUCAUGGGCUGGAGGGGAUUUGUGCAGCAGCUUGCGGACAACUGCUACGCUGUGGAGAAGCAGACACCGUUCCCGAUGUGGGACCCAGCCUGCAAUGAUGUCUCCAUCGUCUCCAAGCCGGAUCCGCCCAUGGAGCAGCUUGUUGACGGACCCCCUGCGCCGCAGCAGCACCCAGAUCAGAGGCCUGGACAGUGCCUCCUCUUUCACCUCCCCAAGAGCAAGGCUACUGAGCUAAAGAGACUCGCGACACCCCAGGAUGGAACGUGGAUCUCAACGUACGACGCUUUUGCCGCCUUCAUAUGGCGUACCACCACACGCCUACGUCAACCUGUCUUUGGGAUAGCACUCAGCACCCCAGUAUUCUGGUGUGAGGCCGUGGAUAUGCGCCGCCGGAUAAAGAACCCCCCUGUGCAUCCGCAAGUCCAGCACAAUGUUCUUUGGGCGGCACUAUCGGACCAGGCACCUUUCCCGCCGCUCACUCACGGCGAUGUCAUCUCAGACAAGCCGCUCUGGGAAUUGGCGGCCUACAUUCGCAAAAUUACCAAUACUCAAACACAGGAGAACCUGGAUACUGCACUGACCGCUAUCUCGCAUAUUAAGGACAAGACGAAUCUCAACAUCCGUAUUAACUCCAAGCCACCUAUGUCCAUCAUUACAACGGACCACCGUGAUGCUCGAGUCACCAAUGCGGACUUUGGGUUCGCCCGCCCGCUGUGCCAUCGUCACUUGCAGCAGGGGGCAGGUGUCACCGUUGGUGUGCACGUCGUGUACCCUCCCCAACUCGAUGACAACCCGGACUCAGAUGAAGGUAAUAUGUUUGCUCUCAUGUAUGAGAAGGAGCUGGCUCAGGACCUGAUCAACGAUGAGGAGUUUGCCAGAUUCUUCGAGUAUAAGGGUGUUGAUAGUGAAUAAGGGUCAUUCUGGCUCUCUAUUAGUGACGACUGGGAUGUAUUGCUAAAUGAUAUGGCCAUGGCCGUUUCCGCAGCAUUUCCUUUAGC